AUGAAAUGGAUGAGAACUGAUUUCCGUGAAGAGCGAAAAUGGAAGAUGGCAGCCGCCCGGAAUCUUGCUUAUGCCUGUGCCGAAUGGGUGUCAGCUUCUAUAGAAGAUCGCAAGACCCUGCAGGUAGAUGUUAUCAUACCUCCCAAGGCGCCACCAGUCGAUACUGGAGAGGUGAUUAUGGGUGACGUGCAUAACCCUCAGAGUUCGGAUAGUCAACCGACGCCAGACCUUAUUCCAUCUGCGGACAUGGACUCCCCAAUGGAGCCAGACGACGAACCUCACGAAGGUAUUCUCGACACAGUAGCUCCAUCAGCUAUAUUUGCCCUAGAGAAUGACGAUAUAGUAUUUGCGUUACAUCAGUCUCCUACUGCGGAUCGGCUACUUGAAGAACUGCCUAUCUACGGAUCGCCGCUGAAAGUCCCCAAGUCCGAUCUCACCGCGCCAGAAUAUGAUCCCGAUGCUUCGUGGAGACGCCCUGCAUUACCACUAAGCAAGUUUGUGGAAGGUCGAAUGGAACUCGCACCAAUCGAGCCGCCAAAGAAGCGAAGCCGGUACAAUUAUGCGCAGGAGGACGACGAGGAUGAUGGAGUCGUUUUCGGCCAGCUGAACAGCAGCCAGCCUCGACUAGAGCCAGAAAGCCCCGAUGUGGCGCUGUUUCGCCCUGAGAAUAAAAGCUUCAGGGAUAGACUUCACGCUGGGCAUCAAUUCCGCCCACCUAACGAGCAUUCUAUGCCUUUCCAAUCAUUUUAUGAGUGCCGUAGCCCUUCUCAAUGGAUACAAUCCGAGGAUGAUGAACUGAAGAGCCUCGUCCGUGAGUAUUCUUAUAAUUGGUCUCUAAUAUCUAGUAUACUCUCCUCCAAGUCCUUAUUUAGCUCUGGGGCUGAGAGGCGGACACCAUGGGAAUGUUUCGAACGCUGGGUUAUGCUUGAGGGACUUCCUCAUGACAUGCAGAAAACACAGUAUUUCAAGCUAUGGCAAGGCAGAAUUGAAUCGUCACAGCAAGUUAUUCGACAGCACCAGAACGCGAUGCAACAACAAGCGCAGCAGCAGCAGCAGCAGCAGCAAGCUAACUCUAAUGGUCCUGUUACACCGAUCCCUAAGCGGCGGUACAACGUUCCAUUAAAGGUAGAGAGGCGGCGUAACCAGAAACACCUGACGAUGAUAGACGCGAUGAGAAAGCUUGCAAAGAAACGCGAGACAGCCAUACAAAAACAGCAGCAUGCCGCUUCUCUUGCUGCUACGAGAAAGCCAAAUGAAACACCCCAACAAAGGGCUCCGACCAAGACCCCGAGAGAAUAUAGUAUUAUGCGAUUCGAAAGAGAUCAAGCAAUGGCCGAGAGGUUGGCAGAGAGGAUGGCACAACAGCAGCGUCAUGAGGCCCAGCGCAGAGCUGUCCUUCAGAGGGCACAGCAAGGACAGGUUGCACAAAUGGCAGCCGCCCAGAAUGUGAAUCAGCUCCCGCAGAAUAAUCCUCAGAUGUCAGCCUCUCAUCCCCAUGCGGCUAUGGCUCGUGUUGGUGCCCCUAGUCAAAUUCCGAUCAACAGUCAAGGUCGUCCGCGAAUGCCCAUGCAUGCCACUCCCAAUGGUACAGGAACCUCCAAUCACAUGAGCGGCGGUCUCGUUCCUCCUAUGCCGAUGAAUGGCACCUCUCAAGUACAGAUGCCUACAGUAAAUGGCCAGUCGCGGAUGGCAAUGCCCACUGCACAGCCGGAUAUUCAGCUCUUGAUGCAAGCGCAACAGAUUUCCGAGCAACAGCGCCGUUCGGUGCAGAUGCGACAACAGCAGCAACAGCAGCAACAGCAACAUCAGCAGCAGCAGCAAUCUCAGACUCCACAAGGAAGCAUGCCUUUGCAAAGUUCACCCCCCGCCAUGCGAGCUGCCGCGAUGAAUGGAUUGAACCAGAAAAGUUACCUCACUAAUGCCCAGGCCCAAGCAAUGAUGGCCCAGUUCAACGCCGGAAAUGGUUCAGGAAUGUCGACUCCCCCCGCACCAGGCCUUCCCAUGACAUCUCAAGCAGGGUCCCCGCGACCAAAUACGACAAUACCUCAGCCGACGCACCAGACAUACGUCUCACAGCUUCAGCAUAUUGAGAGCCAGAUUAGACAGCAACAUCCAAAUACGCCACAAGAUAUGGUCCGUGAGAUGGCAAGGCAGCUGUUAAAUACUCGCCACAAUAACCACAACCUUGCACAGUCUGCGAUGAACGCCGCGGCGGGAGCUACAGGGCAUGCUGCUGCUGCUAAUGGGCCACAUCAAUAUGCUCAGCUGCUUAGAGCUCAGCAACAGCAACAAGCUGCCGCCGCCGCUGCAGCGCAGGCCCAACAAGCACAACAAGCACAAGCGCAAGCUCAAGCCCAACACGGAGUACAGCAACAGCAACAGCGGAACUCGAGCGGAAGCGCGACACCAACACCGUCAGUACCGAAGUAG